GGCGUUACAUAACCUCUGCUGCCCCAAACGCAAGAAGAAGAAGAUAGGAACAUUAGAGUAAUUUUUGUAAAGGAAAAUAGAAGGGAUGUUCUGGAUUACAUCGCGUGUUUGUUUCUGGGGGAUUACAGUGGGAACAGAAGGAAUCCCGGCUAAACCCAUUUAACUAAACCCUUUGAUUAACCCCUGCCCGUCCAGUCGCCCGUCGACUUCGCGGCCUCGCAAGUGGGGACACAUCCCCGGGGCUGCGGAUCCUCCGCUCACCCGCACAGGAAGGUUACCCCGUGAUCGUGUCACCUCAGGGUCGUGCCCGAACCGAACCCUGUCUUCUUGCGGUCACGGCCAUGGCUGUUCUUGGAGUGAGAUUCACCAAAAGCAGGAGAGACAAACUGGCCCAGGUGCUGUGGAUCUUAAACUGGGUGUCGGUGCUGACGGGGGUGGUUCUGAUCAGCCUGGGAGUUUACCUGCGCCUGGAGAUGAGGAAACGCAGGGAGGUGCUGGCGGGUGAGGGGACGGCCUCGGUCCCCAAAAUGCUGGUGGCGGUCGGUGCCAUUGCUUGUGGUGUCAACCUGCUGGGGGCCAAGAUCAGCCACGACUGCUGGGAUAACAAGUUCUCCCGCUGGAGGCUGCUCAUGCUUCCUUACAUCACCUGCACCCUUUUCUUCACCUUCUGCAUCCUGAGCAUGAUGGAGAGGUCCCUCCACCUGUGCCUCCAGCGCACCAUGAGGUGCUAUAAAGACACUGAUACCCCGAGCGGGUGCUCCCCCAAGAAGACCGUGGACGAGUUGCACUUCGAGUUCCACUGCUGCGGCAACAACGGCUUCAGGGACUGGUUCGAGAUCCAGUGGAUCAGCUCACGCUAUCUGGACAUGAACUCCAAAGAGGUCCAGGUGUAAGUGAAAAGGAGAUGGGGGAGGGCAGGGGAGAUAGAAAAUAGGAGCAAGAAUGUCUGAGCCGCUCCACUGUACCAUUCAGUACUACUGGAGCUAUUCAUCCACCUCACUAUCUUAUCUCUCCCCCUUAAAUCCCAUGGAUCCCUUAGGUAUUAAUAAAUCUAUCUGCCGUCACCCUCAA